AGUUACAUUAUUUUCUCAGUGCAUGGCUACAACUUCGUGUGUGUCUAACUAGUUGCAAUGCCCAAGGAGCAGUUUCGCGCUUCGGCGCUUAAUAAGAAAAUCUCACAUGUGCAGUUUGGAAUAAGCGGUGCCGAUGAAAUACAGCAAGAAUCUUUGGUGCGGAUUGUUUCAAAGAACCUAUACCAGGGGCAAAGGCAACCCGUGGCCUAUGGCGUGCUGGAUCGUCGCAUGGGCAUAAGCACAAAGGAUUCCCUUUGCGAGACAUGCGGACAGGGUCUGAACGAGUGCAUUGGUCACUUUGGCUAUUUAGAUCUUGCUUUGCCGGUCUUUCAUAUCGGCCAUUUUCGCUCUACAAUUAACAUACUGCAAACUAUAUGCAAAUCUUGCGCUCAUGUCAUGCUCAAAGCUGAGGAUCGUGCCAUAUUCGAAAAGAAGUUACACAAUCCGAAUUUCUCAUAUUUGGGAAAGAAGGCGCUGCACGCUCAGAUGUUGGCCAAGGCAAAAAAAGUCACAAAAUGUCCGCAUUGCACAGCUCCUAACGGAGGCGUCAAAAAGGGACCCGGUUUGCUUAAAAUACUGCAUGAUCCAUACAAAGGGCGCAAGGUUGACUCCCUCUUCACCAACAAUCUCGAGGAAAUGCUUAACUCCACCGAAAACCGUGAUCUUAACCUUACCCUGGGGAGUUAUAGCACGGCUGAGGAGCUGACACCGCUCAUGGUUCUUGAUCUGUUUGAACAGAUACCGCAGAGUGACGUAGCGCUGUUGGGCAUGUGUUCGCGUGGCUCCCAUCCCAAACAUUUGAUUGUGACACGUGUUUUUGUACCUCCCGCUUGCAUACGGCCGUCGGUGUUGUCGGAGGUUAAGGCAGGCACCACAGAGGAUGACUUAACGAUGAAGCAGAGCGAAAUCCUACUCAUCAACGAUGUGAUACAACGCCAUAUGGCCACUGGUGGAAAGAUUGAACUCAUCCACGAGGACUGGGACUUUCUACAGUUGCAUGUGGCACUCUACUUUCACAGCGAGAUUAGCGGCAUACCCAUCAAUAUGGCGCCCAAAAAGACCACGCGCGGUAUUGUGCAACGCCUCAAGGGUAAGCAGGGACGUUUUCGUGGCAAUUUAUCGGGGAAACGUGUGGACUUUAGUGGUCGCACUGUUAUUUCGCCCGAUCCCAAUCUAAUGAUACACCAGGUUGGUGUACCUGAACGUGUGGCCAAAAUUCUGACCUACCCGGAACGCGUCAAUCCUGCGAAUAUACGACAAAUGAAGCAGCUGGUGCGCAAUGGACCAAGCAAACAUCCGGGUGCCAAUUAUGUACAGCAGCGCGGCUCCAGUUUUAAAAAAUAUUUAGCGUACGGCAAUCGAGAGAAGGUCGCCCAGGAGCUUAAAUGCGGCGAUAUUGUGGAGCGGCAUUUGCGGGACGAUGACAUUGUGCUUUUUAAUCGACAGCCUUCGCUUCACAAGAUGUCGAUUAUGUGCCAUCGCGCUAAGGUUCAGCCACAGCGCACAUUUCGAUUCAACGAGUGUGCCUGUACGCCCUACAAUGCCGAUUUCGAUGGUGAUGAGAUGAAUCUUCAUCUGCCACAGACCGAAGAGGCACGCGCCGAGGCCCUUAUUUUGAUGGGGAACCAAUCGAAUUUGGUUACGCCCAAAAAUGGUGAAAUACUCAUAGCAGCCACACAGGAUUUCAUCACCGGGGGCUAUUUACUGACACAAAAGGAUGUAUUUCUUACCAAGGAGCAAGCCAUGCAGCUUGCCGCCUGCUUUCUAGCCAAUGAAGACUCAACAAUGCAUAUUGCAAUGCCACCACCUGCCAUUUGGAAGCCACGUCGCCUGUGGACUGGUAAGCAAAUGUUUAGCCUAUUGCUACGUCCCAACAGCGCAUCCCAUAUUCGUCUCAAUAUGAUAAACAAAGGGCGCAACUACACGAGCAAUUUCGAUCUAUGCUCCAACGAUUCCUGGAUACAUAUACGAAACUCGGAGCUUAUGUGCGGCACCAUGGACAAAGCCACGAUGGGUUCUGGAACGAAGCAGUGCAUCUUCUAUUUGCUACUGCGCGACUUUGGCGAAGCUUACGCCACAAAAGCCAUGUGGCGAUUAUCCAGAAUCGCGUCGUAUUUUAUACAGAAUCGCGGUUUCUCCUUUGGAAUUAGCGACGUAACACCCAGUCAAAAAUUGCUGCAGCAUAAGGAGGCGUUGCUGGAUCGAGGAUAUGCCAAGUGCAAUGAGUACAUUAAGAAGCUCAGGGAUGGCACCCUACAGUGCCAACCCGGAUGCACGCCAGACGAAACACUGGAAGCGGUCAUGCUCCGAGAAUUGUCCGGUAUACGAGAGCAGGCAGCUAAGACGUGCUUCAGCGAAUUACAUCCGACAAAUAGUGCACUAAUUAUGGCACUGUCCGGUUCCAAAGGCUCAAACAUCAAUAUCUCGCAGAUGAUUGCAUGCGUGGGUCAACAAGCUAUCAGUGGCAAGCGUGUACCCAAUGGGUUUGAGAAUCGUGCAUUGCCACACUUUGAUAGACACUCAGCCAUUCCGGCAGCUCGCGGCUUCGUUCAGAACAGCUUUUACUCAGGGUUGACGCCAACCGAGUUUUUCUUCCACACCAUGGCUGGUCGCGAGGGUCUUGUCGAUACGGCUGUUAAGACAGCUGAGACUGGCUACUUGCAACGCCGUUUGGUCAAAUGCCUGGAGGAUCUGGUGGUUCAUUAUGACGGCACUGUACGCAACGCAAUAAAUGAAAUGGUUGACACAAUUUAUGGCGGCGAUGGCCUAGAUCCUGUGUGCAUGGAGACGCGCAACAAGCCUGUGGAUUUAGUGCACCAGUACAAUAACUUACGUGCCAUGCACCCACGAGGUGAGCAACGGCCACUGCAGGCCAAAGAUAUACUGGAUACAGUGGAAACGCUGCUGGACCUGGACGAGUUCAGUGAGUCUCGUGCUGACUGCAGAGAUGACGUAAUAAAACACUUUAUUUCCGUUGCCGAUCGCAUUGAACGAUUGCAGCAACGCUAUGGCGCCUAUGGUGAUCUCUGCCAUGAGAUUGAGUCCAUCACACGCGAACAAAUACUGAGUUUCAUUCGCACCAUCAAUGAUCGUUACAAUCGUGCCGUGACUGAGCCUGGCACCGCUGUUGGUGCAAUUGCGGCUCAGAGUAUUGGGGAACCGGGCACACAGAUGACACUCAAGACGUUCCAUUUUGCUGGCGUUGCUUCCAUGAACAUUACACAAGGUGUUCCGCGUAUUGUAGAGAUCAUUAAUGCAACCAAGACCAUAUCAACGCCCAUUAUAACUGCAGAGCUGCGGGACAACACAAACAUGGAGUAUGCGCGUCAGGUGAAGGCGCGUAUUGAGAAAACAACGUUGGGCGAGCUAUCCUCCUACGUGGAGGUAGUAUGCGAUCCAUAUAGUUGCCAUUUGGCCAUUGGCAUUGACAUGGCACGCAUUAAAGUUCUUGGUUUGCACAUCGAUCUGGACAGCAUUGUGGCCAGCAUUUUAAAGUCACGUCUGCGCAUAAAACCGAACCAGGUGAGUGUGUCCACCAAAUCGUCACGCAUUAUCGUCCAAGUGGAAGCAUCGCGCAUGGCCACCAUCAACGCAGAGCUGGCGCGUCUAGCCACCAGCAUACAGAAUGUGGUCGUCGCUGGACUACCAAACAUUCUGCGUGCUGUCAUUGCUAUCGAUGAUACGCACCAGCCACCCACUUACAAGUUGUGCAUCGAGGGCUAUGGACUGCGUGAUGUGAUAGCUACGCAUGGCGUCGUCGGUGAGCGGACGCGCAGCAACAAUAUUUGCGAAAUUUAUCAAACACUAGGCAUCGAGGCGGCACGCACUGUCAUCAUGAGCGAAAUCACUGAUGUUAUGGAGGGACACGGCAUGAGCGUCGAUUGGAGACACAUUAUGUUGCUGGCCAGUCAAAUGACGGCACGAGGCGAGGUGCUGGGUAUCACGAGGCAUGGUUUGGCGAAGAUGCGAGAAAGCGUCUUCAAUUUGGCAUCGUUCGAGAAAACAGCAGACCAUUUGUUUGACGCAGCCUACUAUGGACAGACAGACGCCAUCAAUGGCGUUUCGGAGCGCAUCAUUCUGGGCAUGCCAGCUGGUAUUGGCACAGGAAUCUUCAAGCUCCUGCAUCACCAUGAGGACAAGCAGGUACCAGCCAUUGAAUCAACCAUAUUCAAUAGCUUAGAGCUGAAACCGUGUGCCUAGAAUAGGAUCAACGAUCAGGACAUUAAGGUGAUAACAUUUAACCCCCAGAAGUUGUACAGAUUUUUUCGGAAGGGUAGAACAGGAAACAAGCAAAAACUAAAUAUGUAGUAUGUCGAGCAAGAAAAAACUACACAUUAUUGAACAUAAAAACAUAUCCACAAAUUGUUUACCAAAACGUUGUAACAGUAUGACAAACUCAAUUAACUUCAAUUAAAAUCUAGAUGCAAUGAAA